CGUGGGUUAUGCAGGGGUCUCGACCACUUGACACUGCAGGUACAAAUCUUUACAUAUCAUCCUCGACGCAACUCUCCCCUCUCCUCGUCCUCCAGUCCGCCCUCUCUCAGCGACGCUUUGCAUCUCAGACGACUUGCGAUUCCCCCCACCUCCCCCGUCCUCCAAAACGCCCUACUGCUCUCUAAACCCCUCCAACAUGGCGCCGGAGGAUAAUUCUUCAAUGCAGCCUCGAGACUUCCAGCCCGUCCGUGCCUGCAUUUUCGACAUGGACGGCCUUCUGAUCGACUCCGAAGACCAAUAUACCGUUGUCACCAACACGAUCCUGCGGGAAAACGGCCGGCCCGAUAUUCCCUGGAACAUCAAAGCACAACUUCAAGGCCGACCCUCUCACUCCGCGGGGAAGAUCUUCCAUGAGUGGGCCCAGCUGCCCAUCUCGAGGGAGCAGUUUAUGAGUCGGCAGACAGAGUUACAAGCCGAGGCGUUUCUGAAUUGCAGACCGCUGCCGGGCGUGGAAACCCUGCUGCAGAAGUUGCAACAAGCACAUGCAAAGGGCCGCGGGGCAUCCGUCUCCCCGGACCCGGCGAACAAGAAGAAGGUCCACAUUGCGUUGGCGACGAGCUCGCACUCUAAAAACUUUGAGAUCAAGACCAAGGGGAUGAAAGACCUGUUUAGGCUCUUCCCUCAAAGACACGUCAUCCUGGGUGACGAUCCUCGGAUACCCAAGGGGAGAGGAAAGCCGUUACCGGAUAUCUACCUGUUAGCGCUGCAGACUAUCAAUGAGACGCUGAUGGUGGAAGGCGAGGGAGAAAGGCCUAUCACGCCGGACGAGUGUCUGGUGUUUGAGGACAGUGUGCCUGGGGUGGAGGCCGGCCGGAGGGCAGGCAUGCGAGUUGUCUGGGUGCCACAUCCGGGGCUCCUUGACGUAUACACCGGGAGAGAAGAGGAGGUUCUCGCGGGGCAGACCGGCGAGCAUAAAGAGGACGACCUAGACCACACCGAGGGCAUCCCUCUCAUGGGCAGUCCUGGCUACCCAGGAGAGAUCAUGGACGGAUGGGCAGAGAUGCUGGCCUCGCUGGAGGAGUUUGAUUUCUCGAAAUAUGGGAUUGAAAUUGGUGACGCGAGAGAUGCUUCAGAGACCGGCCAGCACACUGUCGAUGGCAUGACGGACAAAGAGUUGGAAGAAAUGACAGCGCUGGCGGACGGUAAACGUCAUGCUCCGGAAGAACCAUCGCCUCCACAGGUUCCCAGGACAAGUUUAUAAUGACGAGGGGCGUUAAGAAACUCCCCUCAAUGCUCUCGAUCAAAGGGCCACAGACAACGUGCAAAAUGCAAGAAUUCCAGGCCAGGCAUAAAUUGGUCAUUUCCC